AUGGUCCCUGUGCUCCUGAACGCACCGUUGGCCGCUGUGUUUUUACUGAUGUGUGCCGUGCCGCUCCGGGGCCAGAAGCCGGGUCAGGUGGACCCCCUGGCGACCCCACGCUCCAACCGGGAGUGCUGGGACUCCUCCUCGGCACUGCUGCUGGAGAUGCGCUCCCCGAGGAUCGCAGACACGGUGCCCGCCUUCUGGGACCUGAUGGUGUUCCUCAGGGCGUCAGACAACAGCAAACACACGGAUCUCUUCUGGGACCUGGCCCGGGUCUUCUGGGACAUGUACGUGAACUGUGUGCUGUCCAAGAGCCACGGCCUGGGCCGGAGACACGUCACCGCCGUACACUCCCUCAUCACUGACAAGUCCUUCAGGUUCAACAGCUCUGGCGUGAACUCUCGGUCGUGGCUCAGCUUCAGAGUGAGACGCAGAGGACAGAUGAAGACCCUGAAGAUCAAACCCAAAUCUAACAAACAUUACCACAAGUAA